ACACUCCGCCUCACGACAACAAACGGAGGUGAGGACUCAGCUGUACUUCUGCCUGCCUGCCUGCCAUAUCUUGCCCGUCUUUCCUCUUCCAGAAUACUGUCCUGUCAUUCAUCCAAACCUCAGGUGGCAACCAAACUCCAGAGGGGAAGUCAGGCCGCUUGCAAAACCACGUACAUGAGGCUUCCCAUAUGGCUGAAGAAACCGACAACUCCCUAAAAGACUUGGUAGGGGGUGGGGAGAGUGGCUCUAUCCCCAAAAGAAGAGACUCCAAAGGCUCUAACCCCAAAGAAAAGACCAAGACCCCCAAUGGAGCCACCACCACUACCACAUCUGUCACUACCACCACCACCACCACCACUACUACUGGAACUACCACUGCCACCACCACCACCACUUCACCCACCAAGAAUAGGGAGUACAGUAAUGCAGUAGAGGGGGGAACUGAAGGAGAUGAUGCAGACUCUCAGACAAAAUCCACAGCAGAUGGCUCGUCUUCGGCUGGGAGCUCGGGUGGUCGGAGCUUAAGGAUCCGCCCACGCAUUUACAGGCCUAGGGUGUCUGAGUCAAGCUCUGAGGACAGUGAUGAUGAGGCUGAGAAAGGAGCUUCCAGAAUAUUGAGAUCAAGGGUCACAAUUACAGGGGGAGGGGAAGGAGCAGGGAAGGAUUCUACUUCCCCUGUCAACAUGGAUCCAGGGGAAGAGGAGGUGGAGAUGGAGCCAGCCAGUCCUGAGGGAAUGGAAGUUACAGGAGCAAACACCCCCUUCGAUUUUACAGAGGACUCUCCCUCUACUGAACGGCGGAGAACUGCACCUGAGAGGAACCAUGGACGUCAGACUAUGUUUGGUGGUCUUUUUUCUGACACUGACUCUGACUCUGAUGACACAGGACGCAGGCGGAGUAUCAGUGAUCAUUUAGAGGAUGAGUCACACCGGAAAGAAGUGGAAGCAGCUAUCAACACAGAACUGAUGAGGAUUAGACAGCGGCCCAAGCCCAAACAUGAAUGGAAUUUUGUUGAACAAACUCUAAAGAGACAGUUAGGUGGUCGAGCAAAUCAUCAAAGUUCUGUCCUGUUCAGCAACCAUUACUACGACUCUCUACAUGUGCCCAAACGGCUGGAGCUCAUAUACAAAAUGGAGUUUCAUCAUGGCUGUGUCAACGCCCUCAGCUUUAACUCCUCAGGCACAUUGCUGGCUAGUGGCUCAGAUGAUUUCUACAUUGCUGUCUGGGAUUGGGCAAGGGAGAAAGCCACCAUCACGUUCAAGUCAGGUCACCAUAAUAAUGUUUUUCAAAGUAAGUUCCUGCCUCUGCAUGAGGACACCCACAUUGUGUCUUGUGCACGUGAUGGCCAAGUGCGUCUGGCUGAGCUCUCCUCAGGGGCAUACAAAUCUACCCGCAAACUGGCUAAACACAAAGGCCCUGCUCACAAGUUAGCCACACUACCCACCUCCCCUCAUGUAGUCCUUUCUGCUGGAGAAGAUGCUGUUGUACUAAAUAUUGAUAUCAGGGAAGAACAGCCCAGCAGGGUGGCACUGGUCAAGAAUUUGUCAGGGAACCGCAUCUCCUUAUACAGCAUCCAUGCACACCCAGUCAAUGAACACCAGUUUUGUGUGAGCGGCCAUGACCAGUACGUGCGUGUGUAUGACCGCCGCUGUGCCUCCCUUAACUUUCCUGUGCUCAAGUUUUGCCCUCGACACCUGUAUGAUGCCUCUCCUGCCCCAACUGUCACUUGUGCAGUCUACAGUGGGAAUGGGGAUGCCAUUGUGGCAUCUUACAACGAUGAUGACAUUUAUCUGUUUGAUACAAUGCAAUCAGAGGCUGCAGAUGCAGCUCACAAGUAUUCUGGCCACCGUAACAAUGCCACAGUAAAAGGUGUCAACUUCUUUGGGCCUGGGAGCCAGUAUGUUGUGUCUGGCUCAGACUGUGGAAACAUCUUCUUCUGGCACCGGGAGACAGAGGCCAUUGUGCAGUGUAUGCGGGGUGAUGAGACUGGUGUGGUAAAUGUAUUAGAGCCUCAUCCCCACAUCCCUGUACUGGCUACAAGUGGACUUGAUGAUGAUAUAAAAAUCUGGGUGCCCACCUGUGAGGAGGACCCACAGCUGUCUGACCUUGAGCAGAUUGUCAAGACUAAUCUGGAAAAACGACACAAGGAGCGUAAUGAGGACAGCAAUGCUCUAGAUACUGAGAUGCUCAUGGUCUUGUGGCAUCAUAUACGUCGUACUGACCGUCGUCACCAAAGGAUGGCAGAGGGAAGCAGCACUAGCAAUGGGAGUGGUGUGGGAGGUGAGGGUGGAGGUGGCGGCUCCUCCAGUGACGACAGCAACGAAAGUGACGACUCAGAGUCCCAUCGGGGUGUCCAGUGUGCCACCCACUAGUAGCAUCAGGAAACACCAUCACCUCUUACCUUCUCUGCCAACAACUUCUUUGGUUUGACUUAUCUGUUCCUUAGUCAGUUUUUAAAAUGCUCUUAGUAGAUACAAUAUUUAGAAUACAUAUGACCCAAAAGUGUUGUAAUGAGAUUUAGCAUAUAAAAUCUUUAUUUUCCAGAUAACUGAUGAAAAAUUGUAAUCACUUCCAAAAUAUCCUCCAUAGGCCAUGGUGCAUUACUGAAUCAACCCUCCUACCUUUUAAGGCAUAUCAGAAGACUACAAAGAACUGUUUGUGGUAACUGCUUAAUCUCCAUGCUGGAUUCCAGCAGUAAAAAAAACAAGAAAAAAAAAAAAAAGAUUGUGGUGUAGUUUGGAAUCCAGUAAUAAUGAACAUGGGCAGGAUACAUCAUGGAUGGAAAAGACAAUAGAUGGACACUUAGAGUAAUGGAAUGGCAAUUUAAAGACACUGAAAUUUAGGAGGAGCAGACUAGAACUAGAUAAAGAAAUGAGAUAAGUUUUGCCAGGAUGGCUUAGGAUAAACAGGCAGCCAUCAGAGGUGAGUGGAGAAGGUUGGGAGGCCUUUGUCUCACAAUAGAAUCAUGGAGGUCAAUGACACAAAUAUUAAUUCAUAAUUUGACAUUUCAAUUGAUUAUAUAUGAAAAUUCUGCAUGUUGGCAUUCAUGGACAAUAUUAUUGUGCAUUUGUUGGAGAUUAUGAAAUAAUGUUAGCUAAUUUUUACACCACUUAUGAGAGAACAAACAUUUGAGAGCUUUAGGACAUGUGUUUGGCGGUUCAUUAUUCAGCCAUAGCAACCGAACCAGAAUGGCACCAUUUAUAUCUCAUUAUUGUCCUGUUUAUUAAAAAUUUGUCAAGUAAUAAA